AUGGCCUCCAUAGAUACAUUGUUGAUUUCAGACCCUAAAGAGCAUAAAUGGGUUGUUGAAAUUGAUGAAAUCAUCGAUCAUCAGCUACAAAUUGAUGCCGAAACCCCUUCUCUCUCAAUAUUUCAAGCACCUGAAACCAUAACCCAAAAAAAACCUGAGGCCUAUGAACCACAACAGAUCGGGCUAGGUCCGAUUCAUCACUUUCGGCCGCAGACAUAUAAGAAGAUGGAACAGAAAAAAAUUGGCGUCUUGCGAAAGGUCCUAAAGGGUCACGACAUCAAGGAUUAUAAACUCCAUGUCCUUAAUAAAGUUCGAAAAUUUGUCCCCAUGGUCCGUUCAUGUUAUGACAUGUUCCUACAAGAUGACGACGACUCAUUGGCUAGAAUUUUUGCCAUUGAUGGCCUCUUCUUGAUUCAUCUGUUCCAUAGUUAUACUGUCCUUCUCGAAGAAGAUAAGGAUGAGUAUCUACUUUCUUUGAAGAAGAAAGCAUAUGAAAUGAAACAUGAAGUGGAAGAGGAUCUAAUUUCUAUAGUGGGAGAUGAUGGACUUGAAACGAUUCUAGAGCGGAAAAUGGUGUGGUUUAGAGAUACUUGUUAUCCUCUAAUUCUACAUCCAAAAGAACUUGUAGUGACUGUAGACAACCAAAUUGAAUGGGAAAAGAUUUUAAAGGUUCCUCAUCAUGAGCCCACACCCAAAGUUGGUCCAAAAGAAAGAAUGGUUGCACAAGAUAUAUUGAUGGUGGAAAACCAAAUUCCAUUUAUGGUGCUGAAGGAGAUCGACGAUACUUUACAUUCGUCGUCAUCGGGUAAUUCCUCCCAUUCAAUCAAUAACUUUUCACCUUCCGUGUUUCGAGUCUUUUGUGAGAUCCAUUCACCACUUAAGUUGUGUUUGGAGUCACAGGUUCCUCCUAGUGUACACCACCUUCUCGAUUAUAUGUAUCAUUCAAUAGUAAACAAUGUCCGUAAGGACCAACUCCCUGAUGAUUCUCACAAAAUGGAAAAACCAAAUGAUGAAGGUGAGAGCCAACGUGCGGGGAUGACAUUCUCUAUUGAAGAGCUUUAUAGUUUCAUUACAAAGAUUCCGCAGAAAGAGAUUGUUAAGGCAUAUGAACAAAUUGUCACUAAUCUUGAAACUUUCUCCCAAACUAAAGUUCUUAUCCCUUCUACUUCCAUACUUCAUGAUAAAGCUGGAUUCCAGUUUCACAGCCUAGAAGAAGACCAAGGCAUUCAAAAUAUACGCAUUGAAGGGAAAGAUAUUUACCUGCCAAGAAUUACUUUGAACAACGACUCAGAAAUCAUAUUAAGAAACUUGGUUGCUUACGAAACGUUAACUGCCAACUCGAAUAGCUUCCCACUUAAUGAAUACAUGGGUUUGAUGUGUGGGCUUAUCAUGACCAAGGAUGAUGCCAAGUACCUCAAAAGUCAGAAGGUUAUCACCACUGACAUGGGUGCCGAUGAAGUUGCCAAACUAUUCACAGGGAUGAGUAGUUCUAUAUCCACCGUGAAAACUAAAGGGAAAUCCACGUUGCGAGAUGUGAUCGAUGAUAUUAACAAGGUUUAUGAAAGUGGAGUUAGGAUGAAAACAUAUUUGCUCUUGAAGAAGGUAGCACGUUGGUUGCUAGUGGUUUUAACAACUAUAGGCGGUUUUGUUGGAUCUUCAUGGAAAAUUGUGGCGUUCAUAGUUAGCAUUGUGACUGUGUUCAUGUUAACAAUGCAAGCUUAUUGUGACGUUUAUGGUUGCGAUAAGAACCCGGUCACACUGUCCCUGUACGCUUCUAGCUAG